AUGCGGGUUGACCCCCACGCCAAGGAAAGAACGGAUUUUUGGGCUGUCAUUGCUGUUGAUGGUUCUACUUGCAAACAGAAUUGGCACCGCACUGAAUUACACGCUAUGGCAACUACACGUGUGAUUCAAAAAACGCGCGAUUCGAAUCUCAUCGCUCUCGAGGCUUUGCCUCAUAGCCAGUCAGGUACAGGUUCACCUUUGGGUCCUGAAAGCUUUCCGUUAUUGGAGAAAUGGAACCAGCCUCACGUCAAUAUCCAUCGAACCUUUGCAACAUUCUGGUCAUUCCUAGUCAUGGGUGCUAAUGACGCAGCCUAUGGUCUAGAAUCAUACUACCAUCUAUCGUACACGGUUGUGUCUCUCGUUUUCUUGUCGCCUCUAGUAGGCUAUACAGUCGCCGCUUUUCUCAAUCACCGCAUCCACUAUACAUUCGGUCAACGUGGUGUGGCCAUUAUCGGGCCAGCGUGCCAUCUCAUUGCCUAUAUUAUCAACUGCGUUCAUCCACCCUAUCCGGUAUUAGUGGUGGCAUUCAUCUUUGCAGGGUUGGGAAAUGGCCUAGAGGAUGCUGCAUGGAAUGCGUGGAUUGGUAACAUGGCUAAUGCAAAUCAGGUGCUGGGAGUAUUGCAUGGGAUCUAUGGAGCUGGUGCAGUUAUAAGUCCGUUGGUCGCAACGUCGAUGAUUGCUAAGGGGGGUCUGCCGUGGUAUUACUUUUAUUAUGUCAUGAUCGCAUGUGCGGCCAUCGAAUUGGCAGUUUCUGGCGCAUGCUUCUGGAAAUCAACCGCCGCCGAUUUCCGCGCAUCCAACGUACCAUCUUCGGACGAGAACAAAAAAGGUGGCUUGAGAGAUGCACUCUUCAAACGCCCCGCCGCCCGGGUAACCUGGCUCUGCGCAUUGUUCCUACUGGGAUACGUGGGAGUAGAGGUCGCGCUGGGAGGGUGGAUUGUUACUUUUAUGAUCCGAGUUCGGCAAGGUAGUGCUUUUGCUAGCGGUAUGACGGCCACUGGAUUCUGGUUGGGUAUCACAGUUGGACGGGUAAUUUUGGGGUUUGUGACACCCCGGGUGGGCGAGAAAGUUGCAAUUUCGUUCUAUGCGUCAGCUGUGGCAGUGUCUCUGCAAGGCUUCUUCCUUGGACCCCUUUUCCCCGGGGCAGUUGUCAUCGUUACCAAGCUUCUUCCUCGGCACCUACAUGUCACCUCAAUAGGGUUUGUCGCAGCCUUUGGGGGUAGCGGGGCGGCAAUCCUCCCUUUUGCAGUUGGUGUGCUUGCACAAGCCAAGGGAGUGAAAGUGCUACAGCCAUUUAUCAUCGCCCUAUCUGGUGCCAUUCUCAUCACGUGGCUGGGAUUGCCGCGGGUGGCCAAGGUCAGUCACAACGACUAA